UGCAUCACAACUGCAAACAUUGCAUUUGUGGUGUCUAUAAAUUGCAUGAGACAUCAAUCAAGACAUUACCUACAAACAUCAUAACAACCUAUUCACACUUGUCCCAAAUUAUAUAUAUUGUCGUCAACAUGAAAACCCUCAUCAUCGCACUUUUCCUGUUUCUCCUUCCCAACCCAACUCAUUCCACGUUCAAUAAUAAUAAUCCCAUCCGCCUUCCCACCGCCAAUAAUAAUGUAACAGUAACCUCCGACGUCACUCCGGUGCUGGACACCGACGGAGACGCGGUCUGGGCCGGCCGUAAUUACUACAUAACCUCCGUCGACAUUCGGGGAGCCCCCGCCGGAGGAGUGCAUCUUCCUCCCUUAAGAUCCACAAUAUGCCCGACCCGAGUGAUCGUAUCGCCGCCCUCUACGGACGGCGAUCGCAUUAGGAUCUGGCGGUCGGACUUCACAAUCUCCGCCAUCUUCCCGUCGACGUUCCAUUACUUCACGUUCACCGAUCCGGCAUGGGGUCAUUGUGUAAAUAGGGUGUCUUGGUGGAUCCAGUAUGGCCACCCAUCCGGGCAAUACUUCUUGAACGCCGGCCUGUUUUCCCUAAGCAACGCCGGCCGCUUCAUGAUUGAAGCCGUACAAGACCAGUUUCUCCCUGACCGUAACAUUUACAAACUCCUUUUUUGUCCGCGCGGCAUAUGCUACAACGUUGGCAGACAAAUCGACAACCUCGGGGUUAUGCGUUUGGCCCUCACUGAUGAUUCUCCAUUUUAUUUUAUGAUCAAGAAAGCUUAGCUUAGCUUAGCUUAGCUUGUGAUUUAACACCAUGAAAGUAUGUUGGAUUGGAUGGUUGUUAGUUAUGGUAAAUAAGUGACGUUAGACGUCGCAGGUUUGACAAUGCACAACAAAUUAAAUUUUUAAUUAUUAUUUGUGGUUGGACAA